UUAGGAUCGAAGAUUUUUGCCAUUUUUUUGAUACACGUCGACGCAUGCCCUCCCUGCCGCUUCUCUUUAUUUUUUCAAACCAGAGAGGUUGAAAUGAUUACAGAGAAAAAUAACUGUAUAAAACAUUGAGGAAUUCUCCUCUCCGGCGAAGACAAGUCCCGGAUCUCCCAAGCUUCCCUUCUAGGGUUAGCGGUUCCCACUCUCUUCCGAUGGCAAAUCCUUACCGAUCAAGCGAUGGUCUUAGUGCGAGACAGGGCUCUAAUUCUGAUGAGAUCCAACUGAGGAUUGAUCCUGUCCAUGGGGACCUCGAUGAGGAAAUCUCGGGUCUUCAUUCCCAAGUUAGACGCCUUAAAAGCGUGGCUCAAGAGAUUGAAGCAGAAACGAGAAUUCAGAAUGACAUCCUCUCUGAUUUGCAAUUGGCAAUGAGUCAAGCUGGGGCAGGGGUGAGAAAUGGCAUGCGGAGGUUGAAUAGAACGAUUACCCAGCAGCGCUCAAAUCAUAUCUUGCAAGUGAUUAUUUUUGGACUAGUUUGUUUCAGUGUAGUCUACUUCUGGUCCAAGCUAGUAAGAAGAUGAGGACCUAAUUUACUCCGAAAGAAAGGCUCAGCUACUCGAGAAUAAAAAAUUGUCGAUCUGUGGCCAUCAUGUGUGUGCAGGUGCUAUGAAACAGGUUGCAUGGUAAUAACUGCAGUUGUGAAGCUUGCCCAUGUAUGAAAGGUUUUAUAUUCAACACCCCAAAUGUUGCAGUUCAUGCUUGCUUACCUGAUUUUUCCAACAUGCGCGAAUUAACAAUGUUAUUGCUAUGAGACGUAUCAACUUAAAAUGGUUAGCCUCGUCUCUGUUCACCUUUCGUAGAAUUCGAUUCACUAGAGCAAUCAACGCCUAUCUUUGUAUGAAAGAGUUUCAUAUAAGGAGGACCACAUUUCGUGAUUAGCAGAUCUGAAUAGUGGGAUGGGUGUGAGUGAUCUCAAGCAACCAUUAUAGCAUUUGAACCCUAGUUUCAGAAGAUCAUUUUCUCAAUGAGAGCAGUUUUUUGUACUGUUGCCAGAAGUUGCAGUUA